AAGUCCUUUCUUCCACUUACCAGAUGUGGGCCGGCUGCUCCAGCCGGUGAAAGCGGGUGGCAAAGGACAGCAGCGUCACCACAGCCAGCGUGGCCCACCACCCUACCGCCUGGAAGCGCCGCGAGCUCCAAGCAGGCCGUUUAAGUCUCCGUGCUGCAGCCUCGGGGAUCACGUCUCGGCUCACGGCUCUGGCAGCCUGCGGCACACAGCGGCCCCUACGGGGACGCAGCUCCGAGCCCGCUAAGCCACCGCCUAUGGCCGGCGGCAUCCUCCCCUUCCUAAGGAUCACCCUUCGGGCCGGAGGCACGCCGGGUCUUGUCCGCUGCCCCGUCAAGGAGUCAUAAGAGGGCGUCUCGAGGCCCUCGAUCCUCAGGAACUCAGCAGCCAGCGAGGGCAGCGAGGGCCCAAGACAGGCCUGAGUUGCUAAGAUGAAAGCUGGAGGAGGAAGGAGGGCCGGUGCCAAGGGAAGAAACUGGUGCUUAGAGCCUUUUGCCUGUGAGCUGCCCGUCCUCUACUCCUAUUUCCGAAGCUCCUGUUCAUGGAGAGUUCGAAUUGCUCUGGCGUUAAAAGGCAUUGACUAUGAGACAGUGCCCAUCAACCUCAUAAAGGAUGGCGGGCAACAGUUCUCUGAGGAAUUUCAGAUCCUGAACCCCAUGAAGCAAGUGCCAGCGCUGAAGAUUGAUGGAAUCACCAUUGGCCAGUCACUGGCCAUCAUGGAGUACCUGGAAGAGACUCGGCCUAUCCCACGGCUCCUUCCUCAGGACCCACAGAAAAGAGCCAUCGUGCGCAUGAUUUCUGACCUCAUCGCUAGCGGCAUCCAGCCCCUUCAGAAUCUGUCUGUCCUGAAGCAAGUGGGACAGGAGAAUCAGAUGCCUUGGGCCCAAAAAGCUAUUACUUCCGGCUUUAAUGCUCUGGAGAAGAUUCUGCAGAGCACAGCAGGGAAGUACUGCGUAGGAGAUGAGGUGUCCAUGGCCGAUGUGUGCUUAGUGCCCCAAGUGGCAAAUGCUGAAAGGUUCAAGGUGGACCUAAGCCCCUACCCUACCAUCAGUCACAUCAACAAGGCGCUGCUGGCCUUAGAGGUUUUCCAAGUGACUCACCCCUGUCGACAGCCAGAUACACCUGCCGAGCUGAGGACUUAGCUACCAAACCAUGCCCCAUUGGUACAGAGAAGGGAGUAGGGCCUAGAUGCUGGGUGUUUCUACUGCUGUGAAGAGACACCAUGACCAUGGCAAUUCUUAAAAAGAAAAACAUUUAAUUGGGGCUGGCUUACAGUUUCAGAGAUUCAGUCCAUUAUCAUCAUGGUAGAAAGCAAGGCAGCAUGUAGGCAGACAUGGUGCUGGAGAGGUAACAGAGAAUUCGCAUCUGGAUCCAAAGGCAGCAAGAAAAGUGACACUGGGCUUGGUGUGAGCAAUCUGAAACCUCAAAGCCCACCCCCAGUGACACACUUCCUCCAAGAAGGCCACACCUCCUAUUAGUGCCACUCCCUGUGUGUCUAUGGGGACCAUUUUUAUUCAAACCAGAACAGGCCCAAAAAUGAGUGCAUUGUAGCAAAGGACUUGAACUUUAGUUCUUUCCUCAGGAAGCAGCAGAUUCAUGGAGUCCAGGAUAUUUCUUCCAGGUCCCAGUAUUAGAGUUUUCUCUAGAAAAAUGAAGCCAGUUGGAUUUAUCUUCCUUCUGCUUGCACUGUAGUCCCUACAGUCUGCCUUAAUCCUCUUAUUUGUCAUGUCUUAAGAGGGGGUAGGCAGAGACAUGACCUGCUCUAACGGCUAAUGUUAAUUGUCAACUUGAAAUAAAGCUAGAAUCACCAGGAAAAAGGGCCUUUAUAAAUGUCUGUGGGGUUAUAUUGGUACUGUUGAGGUGGGAAGACUCACCCACCAUGGGUAGUACCAUUCUCUAGGCCGAGGAUCCUGGGGCCCAGAAGAAUAGAGAAAGAGUGGAGCAACCACCAUCUGUGCAUUAUGAUCAGCUACUCACGCAGAUGCCUUGACUUCCCUGCCAUUAUGGACUGUAACCUGAAACUAUGAGCUAAAAUAAACCUUCUCUCCUUUAA